GUCAAUACCAAUGUCCUAAGUACGAUUUGCAUCGUCCAGUUGCAAGCUAUUCAAGGUGUUGUAACCCUAGCUACGACAGCUGAACGGAACUCACAUAUCCGAACACUUUUCCCCGAGAGUUUUUUUAUGAAGAUGCACCUGAGAAUAGCUAGCUCGUAGCUGUCUUACGCUAGUACCUUCCAAGUUAGCUACACAAAUAAUUGUUUCGCAGUUCUGCACUUUGGAAUUUGACAACUCUUCAACGUGGUUUCUUCUACUGAGUACUGUACUCUACUGUAAAAGACCAUGGCAUGCCAGCAUGUGUCUGCUUGUCCCUCCUUGAGAUCAUCAUGGAGAGUGGCUCUUGAUGCUGCUUGUAGAGUCAGCCAGCCAUGGAAGGGGAGUAGGUUGUCCUACUCUGGCUUUGCUCCCAUGGAGCCUGGUCACCAGGACAGACUUAAAGAUGACUCCACCAUCUUGGCUGAACAGACACUGCACACACCUGUCAUGCUUAAAGAAGUGCUCCGAUGUUUAGAUAUUCAACCUGGCCAGGUUGUUCUGGACAUGACUUUUGGAGGUGGAGGUCACACCAAAGCCAUCCUGAGGGCAUCUCCUGAGGUGACAGUCGUGGCCCUAGACCGAGACCCCACAGCAUUCAGCUUAGCUCAACAGCUGGCCAAGGAACACAGUGGCCGGGUGCACCCGUUACUGGGGCGUUUCAGUGAGCUGGGAGCCCUGCUGUCUGGACUGAGGUUGCAGUCAGGUAGUGUGGAUGCUGUUCUUCUGGAUGCUGGCUGCUCCUCCAUGCAGAUGGACUGUCCCAAGAGAGGAUUCUCCCUCAGUAAGGAUGGCCCUCUGGACAUGAGGAUGGAUGCAGACAGGUACCCCGACAUGCCCUGCGCCGCUGACGUUGUGAACGCCUUAGAUCAACAGGCGCUUGCGUCCAUCCUCACUGCCUAUGGGGAGGAGAGGCAUGCCAGGAAAAUAGCCUCUGCCAUGGUGGAGGCACGCAGUGUCUACCCCAUCACCCGGACACAGCAGCUGGCCAGCGUGGUGGCAGGAUCUUUUGCUGCCAGCGCUCUCUAUGCCCGCAAAGAUCGGCUUCAGCGACCCUCACACGUUGCCACCAAGACAUUUCAGGCGCUGCGUAUGUUUGUCAAUGAUGAGCUGAAUGAACUGCAUGCUGGACUCUGCACUGCUCAGACAGUGCUUAAACCUGGCGGCCGCCUCUGUGUGCUGACCUUCCAUUCACUAGAGGACCGCUUGGUAAAGCGUUUUCUCCAUGGAGAGGAUGUAGGUGCCCCACCCCGCCGGAGUGUCCGUCAGAGAGUCCAGCGAUGGGAGGAAGAGGAGGAGGAAGAAGAGAAGGGUGGGGAAAAGGACAGUGGUCACUGGGUUGACCUGCAGAGAGGGGUGCUGAUGCCACAGGCAGAAGACGUACUGGAGAAUCCACGGGGACGCUCAGCCAAACUCAGGGCAGCAUUCAAACAAUAACCCUCUGGAACAUGGCCUCAACCUGCACCAAUUAAAUCCUCCUUGUUUUUAACUAGACUACAGAACCACCAGGCUGGUCUUCGUCAGACACGACCAUACUGAUCAUAUCCAGGCACAGUCUCACUGGUGUCGGUUGGGUGACAUACAGAACAAGUGCCUUGUUAAUGGUGGAACACUGAGGCUGACUGGUAUUUAACUGCCAUGCACUAACAGUCAACAAUCCAUGUAGGCAUGUGCUCUUUAGUUCGUAGUAUACUGUGUGUUGGCACAGAGUUUUUAUUUCAUUUAGUUUAAGUGAUUUGUGUACCAUUUUUGAAGUAUAGGAAAUACAAUUGUGCUGAAGCCUAAGUUGAAGAUAACAAAGGUUAAGAUAAGGAUUCUAAUAUCCCAUAACUAUUUGCAUAAAUGAGAAAUAAUCAGAAAACAAAGGGGCCAGCUAUGCUAGUUAGCAACGGCGCUGAUCCCAUGAAUCUGUUUAUUUUUAGAAAUAUUCUAAUCUGGGUAUCUUCAACCUAGGCUGAAGCCAGAGACACGGAAGACAAAAAGUCUCUCACUCACUCACUCAAUUUGUACUGCAUUACUUUAUGGCUGAGCUGACAACGUUGCAUACAGUAACAGUUCUGUCUUGAAUUCUGAGUUUCCUCAGUUCUCCCCAUUGGCUGAACCCAUAAUGUCUUUGCUCUUUUGACUGAUUAAUUCAUCAGAACAAUGUUGCCUCCAACCGACUGAUGAGUAUCCAGAUCAACGGAUGUAGGCACUAACCUCCCUCACUGAUGUCUGUAUACUCCAGCAAUGAGAUAACAACUUCCUAGGUAGUUUUGGCCGAAUGUGUACUGCACUGCAUGAAUCAGUAAUGUCUUUAAAUACCAAGUGACUCAAGUGUCACAAGUGGUGGUGAAUGAGCGGAUGACUGUUUCGUUCAUGAGCCUUCUCCUCCAACUGUUAACAGAUGAGGUGUUUUGAUCUGUGCUAUUGGACUUUGUCUAUUUGUAAUUGCUCCAUCAAGAGGUUCAACACUUUUCUUCCCCUCUGCCUCGUUCUGUACACUCUAAAUAUACACUUCUUGUUACCUUGGAAACUAAACAGCACAAGUAACAUUUAACUGUGUUUAAAUGUGUUUUCUGUUUUAAUCUUCUGCGAAACGAUGCCGUAUGUAGAAUUUUGACGCCCCUCUUUGAGGUCAGUCAACGUCACACAGUCGUCAUGGUUAUUUGAAUUCAAUUUGAAAUAAGAAUGGUAAUCCUGUUUGAUCUGUUCUUUAAUGGAUGGUCCAAGGGUUCUAAGCCCCUUACUCUGUAGACCCCCAUUUCUCCCAUCUAAUCAGGAAUGAUUCAGACAUGGAAUACCUGGUGUUUGGAAUCUGAAUUCAAAACUAAAAAUGUGACUCUCCCUUUUGAUGACCACUAUAACUGUGACUCAUAAUCGUGCAACUGGUGACAAUUCCAACCAUAAAUUAUUCUAUAGAUAUCCGUCAGCACCUGUACACAUCAUCUGCCUUUUCUUUCCUGUACACCCUCUCUGCCACCUGACCAAAUUAAAGCUUUCUUCAGUUCUCCCAAGUUUGUCUAACUUGAACCAAUUUAACAAACUUUGCUUUGUUUCUACCCACUUCUCAUAACCUGUCAACUUUUGUAUUUUGCUAGUUAGGAAUGAACCCUCAACACGUAGCAAAUUCCACAUUCUUCUUUACACUCAAAUCUAUCAAGUCUUUUGUAUUAACUAAAGCUGUCAAAAAUUGUUGCCAGGUUUCUCUGUUUUACACUGCAUGCUCUUGUUUAUGGAUCCUGAUUUAUUAAGACUUGUAACGUACAGUUGUGGCCAAAAGUUUUGAGAAUGACACAAAUAUUAAUUUUCACAAAGUUUGCUGCUUCAGUGUCUUUAGAUAUUUUUGUCAGAUGUUACUAUGUAAUACUGAAGUAUAAUUACAAGCCUUUCAUGAGUGUCAAAGGCUUUUAUUGACAAUUACAUGAAGUUGAUGGAAAGAGUCAAUAUUUGCAGUGUUGACCCUUCUUUUUCAAGACCUCUGCAAUCCGCCCUGGCAUACUGUCAAUUAACUUCUGGGCCACAUCCUGACUGAUGGAAGCCCAUUCUUGCAUAAUCAAUGCUUGGAGUUUGUCAGAAUUUGUGGGUUUUUGUUUGUCCACCCAUCGUUUGAGGAUUGACCACAAGUUCUCAAUGGGAUUAAGGUCUGGGGAGUUUCCUGGCCAUGGACCCAAAAUAUCUAUGUUUUGUUCCCCGAACCACAUAGUUUUCACUUUUGCCUUAUGGCAAGGUGCUCCAUCAUGCUGGAAAAGGCAUUGUUCGUCACCAAACUGUUCCUGGAUGGUUGGGAGAAGUUGCUCUCAGAGGAUGUGUUGGUACCAUUCUUUAUUCAUGGCUAUGUUCUUAGGCAAAAGUGAGCCCAGUCCCUUGGCUGAGAAGCAACCCCACACAGAAAUGGUCUCAGGAUGCUUUACUGUUGGCAUGAGAUAGGACUGAUGGUAGCGCUCACCUUGUCUUCUCCGGACAAGGGGAUUCAUCAGAGAAAAUGACUUUAACCCAGUCCUCAGCAGUCCAAUCCCUGUACCUUUUGCAGAAUAUCAGUCUGUACUUCACACCAGGCCAUGCUCCAAAAAUAUUUGGCUCACUGUGCGUUCAGAUGCACUCACACCUGCCUGCUGCCAUUCCUGAGCAAGCUCUGUACUGGUGGUGCCCCUAUCCCGCAGCUGAAUCAACUUUAAGAGACAGUCCUGGCACUUGCUGGACUUUCUUGGGCGCCCUGAAGCCUUCUUCACAACAAUUGAACCGCUCUCCUUGAACUUCUUGAUGAUCUGAUAAAUGGUUGAUUUAGGUGCAAUCUUACUGGCAACAAUAUCCUUGCCUGUGAAGCCCUUUUUGUGCAAAGCAAUGACGACGGCACGUGUUUCCUUGCAGGUAACCAUGGUUGACAGAGGAAGAACAAUGAUUCCAAGCACCACCCUCCUUUUCAAGCUUCCAGUCUGUUAUUCGAACUCAAUCAGUAUAACAGAGUAAACUCCAGCCUUGUCCUCGUCAACACUUACACCUGUGUUAUUAUCAACGAGAGAAUCAAUGUCAGCUGGUCCUUUUGUGGCAGGGCUGAAAUGCAGUGGAAAUGUUUGUUUUUGUGGAUUCAGUUAAUUUGCAUGGCAAAUAGGGACUUGGCAAUUAAUUGCAAUUCAUUUGAUCACUCUUCAUAACAUUCUGGAGUAUAUGCAAAUUGCCAUCAUACAAACUGAAGCAGCAGACUUUGUGAAAAUUAAUAUUUGUGUCAUUCUCAAAACUUUUGGCCACGACUGUACAUUGUGAACAUCAAUUGAGUUAAUCUUGAGCAUAAAGCAGAUAUGUCAGUGGUUGUAAAUGAGACUGACCUGUGCUUGUAUGUUCUCAAUUACCAUGGAAACAGUGGCGUAAGUGAACAGUCGUUGGGAUAACUUGCUCUGUUAUUAACAGCCAUGAAUCAAUCCUUGGAUUGAAUUACUACAAAGUAAUAAGUAAUACCUACCAGGAAGAUGUUAAUCAGUUCUCAGAAGCCUGUUUCUGGCUAAGUCUUUUAGUGUGCAGACGAGUUACACACGUCCGUCCCCCAUGUACUAACAAAAGGUGUGUAUUGGGUCAGUUGUCAUAGGAACAAACUCACAAAACCGAUUUCUUAACUCACCUCAGUUUUCUGAGAAAGGAUUUACAGAGGAAAAUUGUAACUGAAUGCAAAUAAAAAAUGAAAUCCAGUCCUUU